AUGGCACCGCCCCUUGUCUUUGUUCUCCUCCUCUCAGGAGCUGUUGGCCAGAUGAUGCUUAUGUGGCUUUUCGAGAGCUUUUCACUACUACCUUCGAAGUGGGAUGCUGAACAGCGGCCGACACCUCCACCCGCGUGCCUGCGUACGGAAGACGGACGGGACCUCGCGGCCGAAUUUCAGAGGCUGAUUCGCAACUAUUCUGCCAAAGCCGCCGACCGUCUGCUCGCGCCCGACGUCGUUGCCCAUUGCGACGGGAUGAACGAGAUGGCCGGCAAGCCGCUGGGAGCGCCAACGUAUCACGACCGAGAGGAGCUUAAGACCGCGCUGGAGCGGCAGAGCGGGCGCCCGACCCCCGUCACUCUGCGGACUGUGGACGUCGUCACAUGCAACACAGUCGUGCUCAAGUGGACGGCUGUAUUUGGCCAAGAGAAGUUACCAGUUAGGGGAAUUCAGAUUCUAACAGUCCAGAAAAGCGCCCCCCAUUACGGCUGGGCGAUUAAGACAAUUGACACUGAGUUCAAUAGCCUUGCCUAUCUUGUGGAUCUUGGGGGUACAUAUAGUAUGCCAAAUUAG